AUCGCCCAGACGUCAAGACCAAAAAAAAACCCCGAUACAGCUGAUCGAAUCGCGGACGUAGAGAGUGCAAGUGGUGCGAUCAGCCGAGAGUGAAAAUUUCCAGAUGGUGGUAGAACGAGUUCCAACAUUUUCCUUAAAAGUUGGAAUAACUCACAGCAUCACACCUUGCAGUGUCUCAAUCACUGAUUGAUCGCAGCAUGAGGAAUUACUCGGGAAUAAUCGUCCUCGUGUUGGGGAUUUUUCUCACUGUUGAGGGGAUGUUUAAUUAUUCGGCGAUUGAUUUGCCACCGAAACAUCUCAAGUACUAUUUCAACUCAUUUCCGGCGAGAGCUCGGGAAUGCCGGGAGGAUCCUGACUGUCCUUAUAAGGAUCAAUUGAUCGAGGGAAGUUGUUGGGGGUACGAAGAUAACUGUAAACCAGAUAACGCAUUUUCAAUUCCCCACUGUCCCGGAGACCACAAGGGCUGGGUAGCAACGAAAGGGGCACAAGUGGAAACAUUCUACGCCCAGGGUGAUUUUGGCUACGUGAGGGACCAGCGCAGAGAGAUGAAGCUAGUCUGUGAGCCUCUCUUCAUAGAUGAUUCAUCGUUGGAAUGCUCGGAGCACCUGAGAUUCUGUCGGGGCAGAAACAUCAUGAUCAACUUCACUAAUUUAGUGCACAGAACAGAACCAAUUAGAUAUAAAAUGGAUGUGUUGAAGGAGGGAGAGAUUGGCGGCUACUGCACGCUCAAUAAGAAAAGACUAGAAGACAACGCGGAUCACAUAAGUGCACUGCAGUCGUGGGGCCCCGAGCUCCGAAACUUUCGAAAGUUAAAGCGCCGGCCAAUAGUCGACGGUGACUGUGACACUGUCAUAGAAAAGCCGACUUUCCUCAUGAAAAUAGACGCGACAGUAAAUUUGUACCACCACUUCUGUGACUUUUUCAAUCUCUACGCUUCACUACACGUUAAUCUGUCUCACCCAACGGCAUUCAGCACGGACAAUCAUAUAAUGAUCUGGGAAAGUUAUAGCUAUCGAUCAGCGUUUCAAGAUGCCUUCGAGGCUUUCACGAAGAAUCCCCUGUGGGAUCUGAAGACGUUUCGCGGGCAGACGGUUUGCUUCAAGAAUAUCGUAUUCCCGCUGUUGCCGAGGAUGAUAUUCGGACUUUAUUAUAAUACUCCGUUGAUUUAUGGCUGUGAAAAAAGUGGUCUAUUCAAAGCAUUCAGUGAGCACAUACUCCACAGACUCAAUAUACCACUUCGUGAGAGGAAAAAUAAAAAAGUUCGAGUUACAUUGCUUAGUAGAGACACUAGAUACCGAAGGAUUCUCAAUGAGGACGAAUUGGUCGAGGCCCUGAAGAAAAAUCCUGAGUACAGCGUCAGGAAGGUGAUAUACAACAAAGAUGUGUCUUUCAAGAAACAACUUGAUAUUACCCGAAACACUGAUGUGUUCAUCGGAAUUCAUGGCGCUGGGUUGACCCACGCUAUGUUUCUACCUGAUUGGGCUGCUGUAUUUGAAUUGUACAAUUGUGAAGACGCUGGUUGCUACAAAGAUCUCGCCAGAUUGCGAGGUGUAAAAUACUUCACAUGGGAAGACGGUGAAAAAUUAAUACAACAAGACCCUGGAACUCAUCCGGACGGCGGUGCACAUGCCAAAUUCACAAACUACAGUUUUGACACUGACGAGUUCGUGAGGAUCGUAUCGCUUGCGGCGGAGCACGUAAAUAACCACCGAGACUUUCAGGAAUUUGUUAAUAGAAAGUCAAAGAGGAUAGAGUCACGCGAAGAUAUCCAUGGCACAUCGAGAGAGGAAUUAUGAAGAUAAUGCGAAGAGUUGUUUUUCGCACUAAAGUUCUCUCUAGUUACCAUUUAUCCAGAUAUUUUUAGAUACUCAGAAAGAAGGAGAAAAAUCAUUCCAUUCCACUGCUCAAAUGUAUCUCAAUUACAGUUACAUCUGAAUAAUUAUUUUCCUAUGGAAAACUGUACAUAUCUCUUCAAUCCACACGAAUCAAUAAAAUGUUGGGACUUUUAAAGAUUCAAUACAUUGUUCCCCUAAUGAAAAAAUUUAAUUGGGCUUCAUUUAAUUGGACUUGAUUAACCCAGAUAUUUUUUAACACUCAAUUGAAUCUUCAUCUCAUUCAAACUGAACACUCAUUACUUUCCUAUCGAAAACUGUACAUAUCUCUUGAAUCCACACGACUUAAUAAAACACUCAAACUUUUGAAAAAUCAAGUACUUGUUCCCCUAAUUACAGCUUCACUUGAAUUUUACGCCUGUAAAGGAUCACCGAGACCCCGAUAACCGUCGCAAUAUAAGCGAUAAUAACCUGAAGUGCCUGAAGCCCCUCCACAUAAAGAGUCCGCAUACUCAUAUUAACCACCCCAGUCACCAGAUUAGCAAGAAGA